AUGCAGUGUAAACUCUGCACUCACUCGGAAUAUCCCCGUACUUACUGCAAAGUGUACAAACCAGACUUGUCAGAACCAUUUGUGUGUCCACAUCUAAAUAGGCAGUCAGUCAUAUCUGAUCUCAAGACAGGUGCCCGAAAAUCACCCUUCACAAAUCGAUGUACUGCGAAAUUUUCUGAUGUACGCACUAUGAAGGACUUAUUUGAAAAAGGUCUACAGAUUUCACGUUUUCAGCCUUGUUUGGGAAGACGCUAUAGUUUUGACGAGUCUUACGCGUGGUUGCAGUAUAUAGAAGUUGAUGAUAAAAUACAGGCUUUCGGAUCGGCCCUGGUGAAAGUUGCUGGUCAUAUUCCGUGGGGCGACAAUUGUGUUGGUAUUUAUGGGCGUAAUUCACCUGAGUGGUUUAUCACUCAACACGCUUGCGCGGCGUAUGGCUUUCCCAUUGUUCCAAUUUAUCCAACUUUGGGCGAUGAAGCAAUGCAACAUAUUCUUAAACAAAGCGAGAUUCGAGUUGUCAUGUGUGACUCAGGAAGGGAGGCGUGUCAUAUCCUAGGACAGUUCUCUUCUUUGAUAAAUGUUGUUAUAAUUGCACACGAUGGUCCCAAGGUUGCAGAAGCCAAGGUUCGUUUUUCGGCCAAUGUCAGUGUCUACUUGUUUGAUGAAUUCUUGAAGGUUGGAUCGAAGUAUCGUAUUCCCAAAAUGAAUCCGAAACCCGAUGACUUAUACAUGAUAUGCUAUACUAGUGGAAGUACUGGUUUACCAAAGGGUGUGUUAAUUGAGCAUCAGCAAGUUGUUGAAGCUGUAUUUGCUAUUAUUGAAAAUACUGAAGAAAAAUGCUGUAACAAGUUUUCAACGCAUCUAUCAUAUUUACCAUUCGCUCAUAUUAUGGAACAAGUAAAUUCUUCUGUUGUGCUUAUCGAAGGUGCUAAAAUGGGAUUCUUGACAGAUACCGUUGAUGGACUAGUAGCUGACUGCGCAGCUCUGAAACCAACUAUGUUAACAGCUGUUCCUCGUGUCUUAUCACGCAUAUAUUCGAAAUAUCAAAAAGCUAUUGAUGGAUCAGCCUUGAAAACUCGUUUGUUAAACCAUGUGCUUAAGCAAAAGCUUGGUGAACAGAGACGAGGGAAAUUUAACCAUCAAAGUCUUUUGGAUACACUUUGCUUUAAAAAGCUUCGCCAGGCUCUUGGUGGACAGGUUUGUGGCAUAAUAACUGGUGGUGCACCACUCUUACCUGAAAUUCAUGAUUUUAUACGCGCGGUGUUUAACGGCCUCAUCAUUGAAGAGGUGAAAUUGGCUGAUGUACCCGAUUUGGGUCUUGUUGCACAAAGAGACAAUAGAGGAGAGAUUUGUGUUAAAGGUAGGGUAUGUACGAAAGGUUAUUACAAAGAUCCUCAAAGGACAGCUGAAUUAAUUGAUGCAGAUGGCUGGCUACAUACAGGUGAUAUUGGAGAAUGGAGUCCAGAAGGUGCACUGAAGUUGGUUGACCGUGUUAAAAGUAUUUUCAAACUGGCUCAAGGUGAAUACGUAGCUCCAGAAAAACUUGAAACAAUCUAUCAAACCUGUAACCUUGUCAAUCAAAUUCUUGUUGAUGCGAAUUCAAAUUCCAGUUUUCUUGUUGCCAUAGUAGUGCCAGAUUUCGAUGAAUUGCGUGAAUUUCUUAGUAAAAGUGAACCUGUGAAAGGAUUUGAAAAAUUGAAAAAGAUUCAUCUAACUCAUGAAGCGUUCACAAUCGAGAAUAGCUUGCUUACUCCGACAAUGAAAAUUUCCCGAAAUAAAGCUAGGAAGGUGUAUUCUGAAAUUAUAAACAAGUUAUGUGAAGAAGCCGUGUCUGAGGAAAAUCACAAAUAA